CUCAAACAGGCAGAUAAAGAGAGAUCAAAGAGAUGAGGGUGAGAUACAGUCCCCUCGUACCCAAGGAGACGGGGAGGUUACAGACAAGGAAAAGCUGAGAAAAAUCACCUCUGAUAAAGACCACAGAAGUUGCCCGGGAGGUGUUUGGUACCCUUGGAGUUAGUUACAUUUGUGGGGUGGAUGGGCAGAAGUCAGAUUUCAUAGCACUGAGGACGCAGCACAAGGAGAAAUUCAAGAUCAAUUCCUAAGGCAACUUGGCACUAAAAAACAUGAAGUAUGUUCUGAAGGCUUUACCCUGGGGAUAAGGGAACGGAGGCGAUAACAGCAGAAGUGGCAGCCACUGGCAAUCCUUUCUUUCCAUGUUUUGGCUUCUACUCCAAAGCCACUUAUUAGUGCAUUCGGCAAAAAGUUUCUUGUCCUUUUUGGAAUAAAGCUCAGAUCCUAAGCUCCAUUCACACCUGCGUGAUAAUGAACCAGCUAGCACUGUAAUCAGGAAGCAUGCAAAGUUCUAAAUCUUAGACCAGAAAGUGAAAGCAAAAAUAAAUUCCCCUUCAGUCAAAUCUGCAGCAGCAUGACUUAAGAUUAAAUUCAUAUAUUGAAAAUAUUGUCCAGACCCCGUGUGACAGAACAGGAGCCUGUGCAGUGCUAUGAAGAACUUCUGCAAUGGUUAAUUCACACAGAAAACCAAUGUUUACUAUUCACACAGGAUUUUACUGCUUAGUAGCCAUCUUGCUCCAGAUAUGCAUUUGUUCUCAAUUCUCAGUGCCAUCUAGUCAUCACUUUACUGAGGAUCCUGGGGCUUUUCCAGUAGCCUCCAAUGGGGAACCAUUUCCUUGGCAGGAGCUAAGACUCCCCAAUGUGGUCAUUCCCCUCCAUUAUGACCUCUUUGUCCACCCCAAUCUCACCUCUCUGGACUUUGUUGCAUCUGAGAAGAUUGAGGUCUUGGUCAGCAAUGCUACCCAGUUUAUCAUCUUGCACAGCAAAGAUCUUGAAAUCACAAAUGCCACCCUUCAGUCAGAGGAAGAUUCAAGAUACAUGAAAUCAGGAAAAGAGCUGAAAGUUUUGAGUUAUCCUGCUCAUCAACAAAUUGCACUGCUGGUUCCAGAGAAACUUAUGCCUCACCUGAAAUACUAUGUGGCUAUUGACUUCCAAGCCAGGUUAUCUGAUGGCUUUAAAGGGUUUUAUAAAAGCACAUACAGAACUCUUGGUGGUGAAACAAGAAUACUUGCAGUAACAGAUUUUGAGCCAACCCAGGCACGCAUGGCUUUCCCUUGCUUUGAUGAACCGUUGUUCAAAGCCAACUUUUCAAUCAAGAUACGAAGAGAGAGCGGGCAUACUGCACUAUCCAACAUGCCAAAGGUGAAGACAAUUGAACUUGAAGGAGGUCUUUUGGAAGAUCACUUUGAAACUACUGUAAAAAUGAGUACAUACCUUGUAGCCUACAUUGUUUGUGAUUUCCACUCUGUGAGUGGCAUCACCUCAUCAGGAGUCAAGGUGUCCAUCUAUGCAUCCCCAGACAAACGGAAUCAAACACAUUAUGCUUUGCAGGCGUCACUGAAGCUACUUGAUUUUUAUGAAAAGUACUUUGAUAUCAACUAUCCACUCCCCAAACUGGAUUUGAUUGCUAUUCCUGACUUUGCAUCUGGAGCCAUGGAAAAUUGGGGUCUCAUUACAUAUAGGGAGACAUCACUGCUUUUUGACCCGAAGACCUCUUCUGCUUCUGAUAAACUGUGGGUCACCAGAGUCAUAGCCCAUGAAAUGGCACACCAGUGGUUUGGCAACCUGGUCACCAUGGAAUGGUGGAAUGAUAUUUGGCUUAAUGAAGGUUUUGCAAAUUACAUGGAACUUAUUGCUGUUAAUGCUACAUAUCCAGAGCUGCAAUUUGAUGACCAUUUUUUGGAUGUGUGUUUUGAAGUAAUUACAAAAGAUUCAUUGAAUUCAUCCCGCCCUAUCUCCAAACCAGCAGAAACUCCGACUCAAAUACAGGAAAUGUUUGAUGAAGUUUCCUAUAACAAGGGAGCUUGUAUUUUGAAUAUGCUCAAGGAUUUUCUGGGUGAGGAGAAAUUCCAGAAAGGAAUAAUUCAGUACUUAAAGAAGUUCAGCUAUAGAAAUGCUAAGAAUGACGAUUUGUGGAACAGUCUGUCAAAUAGUUGUUUAGAAAGUGAUUUUACAUCUGGUGGAGUUUGUCAUUCGGAUUCCAAGAUGACAAAUAACAUGCUCACCUUUCUGGGGGAAAAUGCAGAGGUCAAAGAGAUGAUGACUACGUGGACUCUCCAGAAAGGAAUCCCCCUGCUGGUGGUUAAACAAGACGGACGUUCACUCCGACUGCAACAGGAACACUUCCUCCAGGGGGUUUUCCAGGAGGACCCUGAAUGGAGGGCCCUGCAGGAGAGGUACCUGUGGCAUAUCCCAUUGACCUACUGCACGAGUUCCUCUAAUGUGAUCCACAGACACAUUCUAAAAUCAAAGACAGAUAUUCUGGAUUUACCUGAAAAGACCAGUUGGGUGAAAUUUAAUGUGGACUCAAAUGGUUACUACAUUGUUCACUAUGAGGGUCAUGGAUGGGACCAACUCAUCACACAGCUGAAUCAGAACCACACACUUCUCAGACCUAAGGACAGAAUAGGUCUGAUUCAUGAUGUGUUUCAGCUAGUUGGUGCAGGGAGACUGACCCUAGACAAAGCUCUUGACAUGACUCACUACCUCAAACAUGAAACAAGCAGCCCCGCACUUCUCAAAGGUCUGAGUUACUUGGAAUUGUUUUACCACAUGAUGGACAGAAGGAAUAUUUCAGAUGUCUCUGAAAACCUCAAGCGUUACCUUCUUCAGUAUUUUAAGCCAGUGAUUGACAGGCAAAGCUGGAGUGACGAGGGCUCAGUCUGGGACAGGAUGCUCCGCUCGGCUCUCUUGAAGCUGGCCUGUGACCUGAACCAUGCUCCUUGCAUCCAGAAAGCUGCUGAACUCUUCUCUCAGUGGAUGGAAUCCAGUGGAAAAUUAAAUAUACCAACAGAUGUUUUAAAGAUUGUGUAUUCUGUGGGUGCUCAGACGACAACAGGGUGGAAUUACCUUUUAGAGCUAUAUGAACUGUCAAUGUCAAGUGCUGAAAAAUACAAAAUUCUGUAUGCUUUGUCAACGAGCAAGCAUCAGGAAAAGUUACAGAAGUUAAUUGAACUAGGAAUGGAAGGAAAGGUUAUCAAGACACAGGACUUGGCAGCUCUCCUUCAUGCAAUUGCCAGACGUCCAAAGGGGCAGCAACUAGCGUGGGAUUUUGUAAGAGAAAAUUGGACCCAUCUUCUGAAAAAGUUUGACUUGGGCUCAUUUGCCAUAAGGAUCAUCAUCUCUGGCACAACAUCUCACUUUUCUUCCAAGGAUAAGUUGCAAGAGGUGAAACUAUUUUUUGAAUCUCUCGAGGCUCAAGGAUCACACCUGGAUAUUUUUCAAAUUGUUCUGGAAACGAUAACCAAAAAUAUAAAAUGGCUGGAGAAGAAUCUUCCCACUCUGAGGAUGUGGCUACUGGUUAAUACUUAAAUGGUCAAUAGAAAAAGUAGGCCGGGCGCGGUGGUUCACGCCUGUAAUCCCAGCACUUUGGGAGACCCAGGCGGGCUGAUCACGCCAUCAGGAGAUUGAGACCAUCCUGGCUAAUGUGGUGAAACCCCGUCUCUACUAAAAAUACACAAAAUCUAAUGUGGUGGUGGGCGCCUGUAGUCCCAGCUACUCGGGAGGCUGAGGCAGGAGAAUGGCGUGAACCUGGGAAGUGGAGCUUGCAGUGAGUCGAGAUUGCGCCACUGCACUCCAGCCUGGGCGACUGAGCGAGACUCUGUCUCAAAAAAAAAAAAAAAAAAAAAAAGAAAAAAAGAAAAGAAAAGAAAAGAAAAAGUGCAUCAGACAUGACUACCUGCAUGAAGUUACACAGGGUAACACCAGCAAAGCUCAAGUCGAGAGCUGUGGAUAUUUUGUCUAAUCAACAAGAAGUUUCAAGAAAUUAGACAGUGCAGUUGUCUGCUUUCAGCUAUCAUAUCCAGCCAAAAGAUGCAUGAUGAUGGAGUGGUGGGGGAAGGCCAGUUCAGUAUCCUAUUUAAAAGUAAACUUCCCGAAUAAUGGAUUUAUGUGGAGAUACAGACAUAGAUAUAUAGAUAUAGCUGUAAUUAUUUAGCCUCAAGUGACUUUCGCCAUUGCUUCAUGCUAUGCCACUGUUUAGCUUCUUUAAUUUUUUUUUUAACCUUGUAUUCUAUAGUUUGCCCAACCAGUUUUACGUCCAAGAAAAAUUAGCCGAUGCAUAAAAGAUACAAACUAUGAAAGGCAAGGAUCAGGAAACCAGAGACUUGUCACCACAUCUCAGAUUAUCAGAAACUAGAUGUCAGGGUUUAUCAAGAAGGCCAGGAAGGCCUUUUGGGUUAAGUCUUACAUUCAUGAAGAAUCUCAAGGGUAGAUUUUUGAGAUCAUUCCAAAUGAAUGGUCUCUGGUCAAAUGAAUGAAUCUGCCUUACAGAGAUACAAGAGGGAAAGGAAUAUAAUUCAUACCAUUUGGUUUAAGUCUUACAUUCAUGAAGAACCUCAAGGGUAGAUUUUUGAGACCAUUCCAAAUGAAUGGUCUCUGGUCAAAUGAAUGAAUCUGCCUUCACAGAGAUACAAGAGGGAAAGGAAUAUAAUUCAUACCAUUUGGUUUAAGCCUUACAUUCAUGAAGCACCUCAAGGGUAGAUUUUUGAGAUCAUUCCAAAUGAAGUUGAAUCUGCCCUCACAGAGAUACAAGAGAGAAAGGAAUAUAAUUCAUAUACCAUUGCAUUUUUAAUAAAUCUUUUGAAAUUUGCAGAAUUAGAUUGCAUUGUAUAUUUUGGGUUAAAUCAUAAUUGAAUGUAAAUAUUUAAAUGCAUCACCAUAUUUGAUAACCCAGCUUAGCAUUUCUUCAUAUUUUAAGGAAACUCCCCACCUCCUUCUUUUAAGGGCGCCUCUUGCUCUCUGAAAUGCCCUGCUAAAUGCUUCUCUUAAUUAUUUGAAUAAGGUAGUUUCGAAUAAAGAAAGAAAAGAUCACUCUAUAUAUAGAUAGUAAACUUAAUUUGUGAUCCUAUAUAUGAGACAGUAUGAAAAUACAGGUAAGUUUUAGAAAGACUCAAAACAAUACGUAAAUGACUGAUGUUUGCAUGAUUAAGGAAAACUGGGGAUGUUGGGUCAAGAGGGGAAAGCGUUAUUCAAUCCACUUUGGAGCAAUAUCGUGAAGGUCAAUUAUAAUUCCAUAUACCUUUCUUUGAUGCCACAGUCAGAGACAGCAUACAGUUUGGGUGGCCAUGGACGUGCCCCAAUAGGUUACACAUUUUUUUGUUAAAUUUGUUUUCAGAUCAUUUCAUGGAAUCUUUGACGUAUCUUUGACUCUAACUUGGACUUAGUGGUGGACCUACCUUGGUUUUUAUAACACCUAAGUGAUAUCCUUUAGAAUUACAUGUAUUUUAGCUUAAGGAAAUUGAAAAAGUAACACAUACUGGUUUUUUCAACAAGACCAUAUGUAAAUUAAAUAGUAAAAUGUGUAUGAGUUUCAGUAAAACUGUACCAUCAACAAUGUUUCCAUAAAUAUGCAGAGUUCUUUCUUCUGUUUUGUUAUUUACAAUAUUGUUAUAUUGAAUGCAUUUGCAAUUUCUAGGAUUCUAAACAAUUGAGUACAGAAAGUAGUAAUUUUAUUAUUUGAUGAUAAUAUGAGAAUUACUGUGCCAAUACUGUUUUGUUGAAUAAAUAGACUUUUAAAAAUAAAUGUAUUGUACUUA